AUGGGGCCCCCGGAAUUACCGGUUCCACUGAACGCUUCGCUGUCCGAAGACGGGGACCCGGUCAAGCUUUUCCGGUGUUGGGUGCGGCAGUCCUGCGACGACUGCAUAUCGAUGAGCAAUGAUGUUGAUUGUAGCUGGUGUCCAUAUUCAUCUACCUGUGUUCCUAACCCAUCUGCCAAAUACCCUCUGCUUGCACCCAUCGACUACCCAAACAUCUGCCCCAUGGGCGCCAAAGAGCGCUGGGAGCUCCGGGCACGCGGUCUAGGAUGCAACGUCAGCACGCGCAACUUCUUGUCCGUGUCCGUCGCAGUUGUAUCAUCAUUUGCGUUGAUGGGUCUAUUGGCACUACUUCUAACCUGUUUAAAGGCGGCGGUCCGGUCGUGUUCUCAGGAGAGAAGUCGUCGAGAGAGGGGCUAUCUAGGAGUCGUCCUAUUCCGAGGCGGGGAUGGAAGAUCAGACGAUAAUGAAGAUCCCUAUGACAGACGACAAAGGCGAAGACAGAGACAUCGAGUUGGGGUGAUCGAUGAGAGAAGUUCUCUGCUGCGGCGAGAGUCGGAAGGUGUUUAG